AUGGAGGGAGCCGACAGCGGGUCAGGGGAGCCUGGCGAUGCCCACGACGGGGCUCAAGGGCCCAGGGGGCCGGGGCCCGAGUGGGGUCUGGCUACCGGCCCCCCUCCCGGGGGAGAGAGCCACGCCGGGAUGCCAGCAGGGCGCAGAAGAGCCCCCCCCAGCAAACACAAGGGCCUGGGGGCCGGGGGGAUACAGCGUUCCCCCAGGGCCCUCUUCUGCCUGAGCCUCACCAACCCGGUGAGGAGGUUCUGCAUCACCAUCGUGGAGUGGAAGCCAUUUGACAUCCUCAUCCUCAUGACCAUCUUUGCCAACUGUGUGGCCCUCGGGGUCUACGUCCCCUUCCCGGAGGACGACUCCAAUGCGGGCAACCACAACCUGGAGCAGGUGGAGUACGCCUUCCUGGUGAUCUUCACUGUGGAGACAGCGCUGAAGAUCGUGGCCUACGGGCUGGUGCUGCAUCCCAACGCCUACAUCCGGAACGGCUGGAACCUGCUGGACUUCAUCAUCGUGGUCGUGGGGCUCUUCAGUGUGCUCCUGGAGCAGGGCCCCCCCAGGCCCGGGGACGUGCCCCACACGGCGGGGAAGCCCGGAGGCUUUGAUGUGAAGGCGCUGAGGGCGUUCAGAGUCCUUCGGCCCCUGCGACUGGUGUCUGGGGUACCCAGCCUGCACAUUGUUCUCAACUCCAUCCUGAAGGCCCUGGUCCCCCUGCUGCACAUCGCUCUCCUGGUUCUCUUUGUCAUCAUGAUCUACGCCGUCAUAGGCCUGGAGCUCUUCCUGGGCCGCAUGCAUAAGACUUGCUUCUUCCGCGGCUCGGAGCUGGAGGCCGAGGAGGACCCGUCCCCCUGUGCCACCCCCGGCUCCUCGGGCCGGCAGUGUCUCGCCAACCACACGGAGUGCCGGGGCCGCUGGGCGGGGCCCAACGGGGGGAUCACCAACUUCGACAACUUCUUCUUCGCCAUGCUGACCGUCUUCCAGUGCGUCACCAUGGAGGGCUGGACCGACGUGCUCUACUGGGUACGGCGCCUGGCAGGGAGGGACGCCGGGUCGGGGCCGGGCCCCAGAGGCGGCGGCCGCUCACCUGCCUCCCUCGCCCCCCAGAUGCAGGACGCCAUGGGCUACGAGCUCCCCUGGCUCUACUUCGUCAGCUUGGUCAUCUUUGGCUCUUUCUUCGUCCUCAACCUCGUGCUGGGAGUCCUGAGUGGGGAGUUCUCAAAGGAGCGCGAGAAGGCCAAAGCACGGGGGGACUUUCAGAAACUUAGAGAGAAGCAGCAGAUGGAGGAGGACCUCCGCGGCUACCUGGACUGGCUCACCCAGGCCGAAGAACUGGGCUUCAGGGACCAGGAGAAUGCCGAAGCUGAGGGGGAGACGGAGGCAGAGGCUAAGGAGGACGACGCAGCCACCAGAAAAGCCCAGCAACGAGUGACCCUGUCGGAGAUGAUCCACAAGAGACGGAGCCGCCUGCAGUGGUUCAGCCACUCGAUGAGCAGCCACGGUACGAGCGCGGCCUCUCCCGGUCACACCGUUCCCCUUCUCCCUCCGCUUCCAGCCAGUGAAACAGGUUCAAUGACCGCAGAGAACGGGGCUGAGGAAGAUGAAGAGGCCGGGAACGCCUGUAGCAGAAAUCUGGCCAAGCUCAUGAAGACCAGGAUGUGCCGCAGAGUCCGGGGGGCCAACAGGGCCCUCAGGUCCCACUGCCGCCACGCCGUGAAAUCCGUGGCCUGUUACUGGACCGUGCUGCUGCUGGUCUUUCUGAACACGCUGACCAUCGCCUCCGAGCACCAUGGGCAGCCCGGCUGGCUCACCCAGAUCCAGGGUGAGACCUGCCGGGAAAGCCCGAGUCCCUCGGGAAGCCCCGGGGGCCGGUCGGCGGGGGGAGCCCCACAAAUGGGACCCGGGGGACCCGACGCCGCCUUCCAUCCCGGGGUCCUCUGCCCCUCAGAAUACGCAAACAAGGUCCUGCUCUGCCUGUUCACGGUGGAGAUGCUGCUGAAGCUCUACGGCCUGGGCCCGUCCGCCUACGCGGCCUCCUUCUUCAACCGUUUUGACUGCUUUGUGGUGUGCGGAGGCAUCCUGGAGACCGCCCUGGUGGAGGCGGGGGCCAUGCAGUCCCUGGGGAUCUCGGUCCUGCGCUGCGUGCGCCUCCUCAGGAUCUUCAAGGUGACCAGGCACUGGGCGUCCCUCAGCAACCUGGUGGCCUCCCUCCUCAACUCCAUGAAGUCCAUCGCCUCGCUGCUUCUGCUCCUCUUCCUCUUCCUCAUCAUCUUCUCCCUCCUGGGGAUGCAGCUCUUUGGGGGCAAGUUCAACUUCGAUCAGACCAACACCAAGCGCAGCACCUUCGACACCUUCCCCCAAGCGCUGCUCACGGUCUUCCAGAUCCUCACGGGCGAGGACUGGAACGUGGUCAUGUACGACGGGAUCCUGGCCUAUGGGGGCCCCUUCUUCCCGGGGAUGCUGGUCUGCGUCUACUUCAUCAUUCUCUUCAUCUGUGGCAACUACAUCCUGCUGAACGUUUUCCUUGCCAUUGCCGUGGACAACCUGGCCGGGGGAGAUGCCAGUCCCCCCAAGAGCCCAGGAAAGGAGAAGAGUGCGGAGCAAGGUGGCAGCCCCCAGGAGAAUGGAGUGUUGGUGCCCUGCGGAGAGGAUGAAGACGAGGAAGAUCAGAGUGAGGAUGGAGGUACUGGGGAAUGGGGGACUGGGGGAGAGGCUUCACCUUUACGAGUUUCCCUUUCUGCCUUCUGGGAAACCAAGGCCCGGCAUCCCGACGCCUCAGUGUCCCUGAGCCAGAAGAGGACUUGGGUGCUUGGGUACUUUGACUAUGCUUUCACCUCCAUCUUCACUGUCGAGAUCCUGCUCAAGAUGACUGCUUUCGGGGCCUUCCUCCACCAAGGCUCCUUCUGCCGGAACUGGUUCAAUCUGCUGGACCUGCUGGUGGUCAGCGUGUCCCUCAUCUCCUUUGGCAUCCAUUCCAGCGCCAUCUCCGUGGUCAAGAUCCUGCGGGUGCUGCGGGUGCUCCGGCCCCUGCGUGCCAUCAAUCGGGCCAAGGGCCUCAAGCACGUGGUCCAAUGCGUCUUUGUGGCCAUUCGCACAAUUGGCAACAUCCUGAUCGUGACCAGCCUGCUCCAGUUCAUGUUCGCCUGCAUCGGCGUCCAGCUUUUCAAGGGCAAACUGUACAGCUGCACGGACGAAGCCAAACACACCCCCACAGAGUGCAAAGGCACCUUCCUUGUGUACCCCGAUGGAGAUGUGGCUCACCCGGCCAUGAAGGAGCGUGUCUGGCAGAACAGCGACUUCAACUUUGACAACGUUCUGUCGGCCAUGAUGGCGCUGUUCACCGUGUCCACCUUUGAAGGCUGGCCUUCGUUGCUCUAUAAGGCCAUUGACGCCCACGCGGAGGACGAGGGCCCCAUCUACAACUACCGAUUGGAAAUCUCCAUCUUCUUCAUUGUCUAUAUCAUCAUCAUCGCCUUCUUCAUGAUGAACAUCUUUGUGGGCUUUGUCAUCAUCACCUUCCGAGCCCAAGGCGAGCAAGAGUACAAGAACUGUGAGCUCGACAAGAACCAGGUCUCCCCCCGGUCCCCGUCUGACCCCGGAUUUGGCCCCGCCCUCCCCGCCGACACCCCCUCUCCGUUGCGCCGGUGUGGAAUCCUAAAAGCCCGCCUUUUCGCCUACAUUCCCAAGAACAGGCACCAACACCACGUCGACCUAACUCCCCGCCCCAAAUACUCUUUCCUGUCCCUCUCAACAAUUGCUCUGCACUAUGAACAGACAGCUCCCUUCAAUUAUGCCAUGGAUAUCCUCAACAUGGUCUUCACGGGCCUGUUCACUGUGGAGAUGUUGCUCAAGAUCAUCGCCUUCAAUCCCAAGAAUUACUUCUGCGAUGCGUGGAACACUUUUGACGCCCUGAUUGUGGUGGGCAGCGUGGUGGACAUUGCAGUCACCGAAGUCAACAAUGGAGGCCAUCUGGGUGAGAGCUCGGAGGAUAGCUCCCGGAUCUCCAUCACCUUCUUCCGCCUCUUCCGCGUCAUGAGGCUGGUCAAGCUUCUCAGUAAAGGGGAAGGGAUCCGUACUCUCUUGUGGACCUUUAUCAAGUCUUUCCAGGCUCUCCCUUACGUGGCCCUGCUCAUCGCCAUGAUCUUCUUCAUCUAUGCAGUCAUUGGCAUGCAGAUGUUCGGGAAAGUGGCCCUCCAAGAUGGGACCCAAAUCAACCGCAACAAUAACUUCCAGACCUUCCCCCAGGCGGUGCUCCUCCUGUUCCGGUGUGCCACCGGGGAGGCCUGGCAAGAGAUCAUGCUGGCCAGCCUGCCGGGGAAGCGCUGUGACCCCGAGUCGGACUUUGGCCCCGGGGAGGAGUUCACCUGUGGGAGUAACUUCGCCAUUGUCUAUUUCAUCAGCUUCUUCAUGCUCUGUGCAUUCCUGAUCAUCAACUUAUUCGUGGCCGUCAUCAUGGACAACUUCGAUUACCUGACACGGGACUGGUCCAUCCUCGGCCCCCACCACCUGGAUGAGUUCAAGAGGGUCUGGUCUGAGUACGACCCCGGGGCCAAGGGCCACAUCAAGCAUCUGGACGUCGUGGCCUUGCUCCGGCGCAUCCAGCCUCCAUUGGGGUUUGGGAAGCUCUGCCCUCACCGUGUGGCCUGCAAGAGACUGGUGGCCAUGAACAUGCCCUUGAAUGCGGAUGGGACGGUGACUUUUAACGCCACCCUCUUCGCCCUGGUCCGGACGUCUCUGAGGAUUAAGACCGAGGGGAACCUGGACAGGGCCAAUCAGGAGCUCCGGGUCGUCAUUCGCAAGAUCUGGAAGCACACCAAGCCCAAGCUGCUGAAUGAGCUCAUUCCACCUCCUGAAGAGGAGGAAGUGACUGUCGGGAAGUUUUAUGCCACGUUCUUGAUCCAGGAUUAUUUCCGAAAGUUCCGGCGUCGCAAAGAGAAGGGCCUCCUGGGGGCCGAGGACUUGCCCAGCAACUCAUCUGCCCUCCAGGCCGGCCUGAAGACGCUGCAGGACCUGGGCCCGGAGAUCCGCCAGGCCCUUACGUGCGACCUGGAAGAAGAAGCGGAGGACGCCAACCUCGGGGAGGAGCCGGACAGGUGCCCACAGGAUGCCCUGGAAGCUCCCUCGCCGACCUGGCACGAUUCUGCCCCUUCUGUGUCUCUCACGAUGCCUGCCGAGGAGGAGAGGGAAGCGGUGAGAAGACCUCCUGGAGCCCACUCUCACAGUGCUUCCCCCAAGGCAGAAGAGCCUCCCUUGGGAGCCGAGGGCUUGGCAGAGCAGGAGGAAGAGGAGGAUCACUCCCCUAGCCAGGACAGACAAGCGCAUCGAAAUGAUCUCACCCAGAGGCCCCAUCACAUCCUCCUCCCACCGCCUCCUCGUCCUCCUCGGGAGCCCCUGGGGCAGUCGGGCAAGCCACUGGGCCCACAUCCUCGCCGUCGCCGCCUGCUGCCCCCAACGCCUGCCACCCGGAAGCCCUCUUUCACCAUCCAGUGCAUGCAGCGCCAAGGGAGCUGCGAUGACUUCCCGAUCCCCGGAACCUAUCAACGUGGGGGAUCUUCCGGCCGCCACCAGGCCCAGGGUUCGUGGGCCACCCCUCCUCAGCGGGGCCACCUGCUCUACGCACCCCUGCUCCUGGUGGAGGAGGGCAGGCUCCAGGGGGAUUAUGCCAAAGGGGGGUCCCGGGGCCCGCUGCACACCUACGCCCGCCUGCACGUGCCCAGCACCCACAUAGCACCUGGCCCAGGGAAGAGGGGCAGUGCUGACAGCCUAGUGGAAGCUGUGCUGAUCUCUGAGGGCCUGGGCCUCUUUGCCCGUGACCCUCGCUUCGUGGCCCUGACAAAGCAGGAGAUCGCUGACGCCUGCCGGCUGACCCUGGACGAGAUGGACAGUGCCGCCUGUGACCUGCUGGCCCUGGGGACCACCGGGCCCCCCCCCGCCCAGCCCCAAAUGUGGGCUCCCAUGGGCAGUGAUGAAGACGAGGAGGCCCUCGGGGCCACGCGGGCGGAGGAGGAAGAACUGGCAGACGAGAUGGUCUGCAUCCCUGUCCCUUAGGAGGCGUCUCUUUCUGGGUCCCAAGAGCCCUGGAGAAGCCUCCACAGGCCAUCUCCUGUAUUUGGCUUGAGAUGAGGAAGAGGCAGGGAAGCCCAGUGGAGACAGAGCCUGAACUAUCAAGAUCCAUAAAGAGCUAAAGCUGGAGAUCCCCAAAGUAUGUCGGUCCCCAAGAGGUUUGGCCCCCGGCAGAAGCCCCCAACACUGACCUCUGCGUUCAACACAUCGGG